AGAAGGCAAAGGAUUUGAAAUGGCAUAAGGAAGAUUAGGAGGUGGAAGAUUACAUCAUUGUAUGAGAUUAAUAGGAAUUACUGAAAGAGUAUUAGAUCUAAUGAUGCAGAGAGGAGAGAGGAGAAUGAUUUUCAAAUCAAAAAUGAAGGAUAUUGGUUCAUUCUAAUAAAAGUUAGGAGAAUUGGAAACAUAAUUAUCAGCAUGCAGAUUAGUUGUAUUAAAUGCAGCUAUGCAAAUAGAUAUCUUAGGCAACAGAAGUCGAUAUAUCUUUAAAAUUUUAAGUGAAUGCAAAUCUUUCGUUCCUAAAGUCACCUAAAAUAUCAUCGAUGAAGUCAUCUAAAUAUUUGGAGCUGAAGGUGUUAGUCAAGAUCAAGUGUUAUCAAUGGCAUUCAUUCAAGCCAGAACUCUGAGAAUAGCAGAUGGACCUGAUGAAGUUCAUUACAGAUAAGUGGCCAGACUAUCUUAUUCUUUAUAAUCAAAGAACGAGUUAUUGUAGGCUGAUGGAUAUGGAUUACCAACCUUACCUAAAUUAUGACAUUUCUUAGAAAAUGAAUAAGAUAUAAA